AUGGACGGCGACAGUGGGCCUCGCCCGCCGCUCUCCAUGAGCGGAUCGUCGACUCCUGAGCGCCUCGACGAGGGCCAGAUGACGCCCGACAGGUCCAGCGUGGUGUUCCCCGAGCCCGGCAUUCCGCCAGAGGAAAUCGUCGAGCGCCUGCGCGAGAUCCGCGUCAAGUUCCGCUCGCGCGAGGAGCACAUGCCUGCGCCGGAGUACCCUGAGGACCCGACUGCCCAGGCUGAGCGCGAUGACCUGCCCGAUCUUGAAAAGGGCGACACCGCCCGCUCCGACGCCAACGACGCCGAGGGCAAGAACCCGUUGACUCGCUCGACCACGCUCAGAGACCGUGCGCGCCAAUGGCUGGUGAGACUGGGCAGACCUGAAGAGCCAGGCGAUGCACUGACGCCCGCGGACAUCACCGCCCACUGGAUCGAAGACCUCCCCCCGCCUCUCGCUGAUGAGAGUACUGCCGCACAACCCAAUAUCAACAUCCAGCAACAUCUCCGUCACCAUGCCACCCGCGCCGCGCAGCGCUCACUCCGCGGAGUAGGCCUCCACAAUCUGCGGAAGCGGAGGCCGCAGCACCAGCGCACCAUGUCGUCCGAGUCCAUGGCCAGUUUUACCGGUACCACCUCCGACACAGACUCGGAUGCCUUUCGCCAGGGCGAGGGAGUCCUGUCCAACCUGCUCCGAUUGCAAGCCCAGAGCUCUCUGUCCGGCCGCAGCACGCCCGGCACGCCCGGCACGCCGGACAGUGGCGCCGCAACGCCCAGGAGCGGUGCCACGACCCCGAAGGGCGGCGCUUCUACGCCCAGGAGCGGCUCUGCGACUCCCAUCCGGAAGAUCAAAUGGUACAGCAAGCACUCGCCCAACCAGUCGACCAUGUCGCUGGUCGGCGCGGGCUUGCAUCUGGGCACCCAGGGAGCGCCCAUGGCAAUGGACGAUAUGAAAAAGUCCGUGGCCAGCAAGCGGCGGCGGAUGAUGGGCGGCAAGAAAGACAAGAAAGACCUGAAUGCCCAUAUCGCCGCGCGCAUCGCCUCGAUCAUCACCCGGCAGCACUACUUGAUGACGCUCUGUCGGGCCAUGAUGCGGUUUGGCGCGCCGAGCCAUCGCCUGGAAGAAUACAUGUCCAUGACGGCACAGGUGCUGGACAUCCAUGCCCAAUUCUUGUAUCUGCCAGGCACCAUGAUCAUGUCGUUUGACGACCUGGCCACGCGCACCACGGAAGUGAAGCUCGUCCGCGUCUCGCAGGGCGUGGACCUGGCUCGUCUGGAGGACACGCAGAACAUCUACAAGAACCUCGUGCACGACAAAAUCACCGUCGACGAAGCAAUCGAAGAAUUGGACAACGUCAUCAACCGCCCGCCAAAGUACCCUACGUGGCUCGUUGUGCUCUGCUACGGCCUGGCGUCCGUGUCCGUCGGCCCGUUUGCAUUCGAAGCCCGCCCCAUCGACAUGCCCAUCACCUUCUUUCUCGGCUGCCUGCUCGGCAUGCUGCAGCUCGUGUUCUCGCCUCGGUCCAGCCUGUAUUCCAACGUGUUUGAAGUGCUGGCCACCAUCCUCACUUCCUUCCUUGCGCGCGCCUUUGGCAGUAUCCGCAACGGCGUGGUCAACGGCACCACGCAAUACUACUUUUGCUUCUCAUCCAUGGCGCAAUCGUCCAUUGCGCUGAUCCUGCCGGGCUUCCUCGUUCUCAGCAGCAGUCUCGAACUGCAAUCGCACCAGAUCAUCCCCGGGUCCAUCCGCAUGGUCUACGCAAUCAUCUACUCCCUCUUUCUCGGCUACGGCAUCACCGUCGGCACCACCAUCUACGGCCUGAUGGACGGCGACGCCAACUCCAACACGACCUGUUCCGGCGAACUCAUCGGCAACAACCCGUACUCGCAGCGCUUCCCCUUUGUGGCCAUCUACGUCAUCUUCCUCGUCAUCAUCAACCAGGGCAAAUGGAAGCAGGUGCCCGUCAUGAUCUUCAUCGCCGAAGCGGGCUACAUCGUCAACUACUUUAGCAACCUGAAACUCGAGUCGAACCCGGAGCUGGCCAACACGCUCGGCGCCUUCACCAUUGGCGUGCUGGGCAACCUGUACAGCCGCCUGUGGCACGGACACGCGGCCACGGCCAUUCUGCCGGCGAUUUUCGUGCUGGUCCCCUCGGGGCUGGCGUCGCAGGGCUCGCUGGUGUCGGGCGUGCAGUCGGCGUCGGAGAUUCGGGCUAGUCUGUCGGGCAACCAUACGAGUAGUUCGUCGAGCUCGUCGGAGAACUCGGUGUAUUCGAUGGGGUAUGGCAUGAUCCAGGUUGCGAUUGGCAUUACGCUUGCAACGAAUCAAUUGACAAUAUUCUUGAGGUUGGUGUAUCUGCGUUGGAUAUGCUGGGGCUGCUGUGAUUGGCCAAUGCAUGCCGAGGCAUCCUAUCUGUUCUUGAUAGACUACGAUGAUAGAAUAGGAUACGAAGUCAUUCAGGACCGAACAUCUCAAAGCAGUAAAAAUGUCCAGCAGCGUAUCAGUACUUAUCGCGAUGCACAUAGAUCGGCGAAUGAGCGCGUGUCUGACUAUCUAGAUAAGAAGUACAUAUACCUCGCCGGCGCGUGCUAUUCCCUGCGCGGCGAGGUACCCGCAAGCACAUGCAUACCUAGAAUGGGCGCCCUCUCGGACGACGCCGUGCUCGCGCGCCUGGGCAAGAAACAAGUGCUCAAGCGCCGCUUCGGCUUCUGGUCGCUCUUCGGCUUCGCCGUGUGCGAGCUGAUCACGUGGGAAACGGUGCUGGCGCUGUUCAGCGAGGGCUUCGAGAACGGCGGGCCGUCGGGCCUGCUGUACGGCUUCAUCAUCGCGUGGAGCUCGACGCUGUCCGUGUACACGGUCAUCUCGGAGCUGGCCUCGAUGGCGCCCAUCGCCGCGGGCCAGUACUACUGGGUGUACAUGCUCAGCGCCGAGCGAUACCGCGUGUUCGCGAGCUACAUCAUCGGCUGGCUGACCUCGAUGGCGUGGAUCGCGACCGUGGCCACCGAGACGCUGUUCGCCGGCACCAUGCUCGAGGGCCUCGUCGUGCUGGACUAUCCCGGCAGCUAUGUCGCCGCCAACUGGCGCGGCACGCUGCUCACCUGGGCCGUGGCGCUGGUGUCGACGCUCAUCAACGCGGUGAUUCCGAGCAUGCUGCCGCGCAUCGAGAUUGGCACCGUGGUCUUCCACAUCGCCGGCUUUGUGGUCAUCGUCGCGCUGCUGUGGCGCUACACCGAUCCGCUGCAUGACGCCCGCUUCGUCUUCCAGAGCAGCCUGAACGAGGGCGGCUGGCCGACGCAGGGCCUGUCGUACUGCGUGGGCUUCCUGGGCAACGUGGCGACCUUUGUGGGCGCCGAUGCCAGCGUGCAUCUGGCCGAGGAGGUGUCGGAUGCGGCCACGACGAUUCCGCGCGUCAUCACGAGCAGCAUGCUGUUGAACGGCGUCGUGGGAUUCGUGAUGAUGAUCACGCUGCUGUUCUGCCUGGGCGAUGUCGAUGCGGCGCUGGACUCGGCCACGGGUUUUCCUUUUAUGCAGAUUUUCUACAACAGCGUCAAGUCCGUCGCCGGCGCCACCGUCAUGAGCGCCAUCGUCCUCCUCCUCACCUGGGCCUGCGCCACGGGCAUCAUCACCUCGGCGUCGCGCAUGACCUGGGCCUUUGCGCGCGACCGCGGCACUCCCUUUGCGCGCAUCGUCAGCACAAUCGACCCGCGCACCCAGGUGCCCGUCGUCGCCGUCGCCGUCGUCGUGAUUAUCGCCUGUCUCCUGACGCUCAUCAACAUCGGGUCGCCGACCGCCUUCAACGACGUCAUCUCGCUGACCAUCACAGGCUUCUAUGGCAGCUACCUAGUCCCUGCCGCGCUGCUACUGUACCAUCGCGUCAAGCCCGGCCAUAUCCUGCCGUACGGAUCGGUGGUGGACGGGCAGGACGUGAGUCUGGACGAGGAGUCUGCUGUUGGUCCUUCCACAACAACAACAACAACAACACAACAAGCCAAGACGACGACGGAAAAAGACAGCGGCAGCACGGCCGUUGCCGACGCCGACGAGCAAGGCCGCAUCGCCUUUGCGCCGACACAGCUGGUCUGGGGCCCGUGGCAUGUGCCCGGCUGGCUGGGCAUCCUCAACAACGCGUAUGCCUGCGUGUACAUGGUGUUUGUGAUUUUCUGGUCGGUCUGGCCGCCGUCCACGCCCGUGUCGGCCAGCACGAUGAACUACUCGGUGGUGGUGACCGGCGGCGUGGUGAUCUUCAGCAUUGCGUGGUACUAUGUGCGAGGCCGGAAGGAGUACAGGGGGCCGCUGGUGGACAAGGAGGCGAUUGAGAUAAUCCAGGGCAGCAGCACUGUUGUGUAG